UCUACCCACCCCCUUGCGGUGUCCAUGGGUCCACCCUCCCCCGUGGUCGUGCUCCAGGUCCUGACGUGGGACAUUGGGAAGAUUAAUCCCCAGAAGCUGCCGACCAUCAAGGGCUCCCUGACACUGCAGUCCGGAGCACCGAAGCCGAGGAGGAAUCCCGUCAUCAACGUCCACUUCAAGAUCCAGCAGUUCGCCAUUUCAGGGUUGAAAGUGAACCGUCUGGACCUCUAUGGGGAGAAGUACAAGCCAUUCAAAGGGGUGAAAUAUCUCACCAAGGCUGGGCGCUUCCAAGUCCGCACCUAGACACACAGAGAGACACGGGCAGACACACACACUCCAUGGGACGUAGAUACGCACAGGAACACAGGGACGCAAAGACGUGGACAGGGAUACGGGAGAUGGAACACACACGGGGGACCUAAAGGUGGACACGGAAACAUACGGAGAGACGCAGUAAGACACGGGGACAGAGAGGCUCAUGGUAACAUGGCGAAACAGGGAGACCGCUCAGAGGAAUACGAGUGCAGAGAUACACGGGGAUGAACGGAGACUUGGGAAGACAUGGGGAUACAGAGACUCACUUGGAGACACACAGACACAUGGAUACACACGGGGAACAAUGUAUACACAGGGGGACACUGAAAAACAUUGGAACAUGAGACACACGGAGACACACUAGGUCACACGGAGACACCAUACGGGGUCACGUGGUGACACACUGGGUCACGUGCACUGGGUCACAUGGAUACACACUGGGUCACGUGGAGACACAUUGGGGUCAAGUUGAGACAUGGGGUCACAGAGAAACACGUGGAGACAC